AAAAAAAAAAAAAAGCACCAACAUAGUUAAAGUGUCCACCAUGAAAUAUGAUGGAGCAAUUAGAGGCAACAGAUUACAACACAGAGCAGUGCGGAUGGAUCUAAAAACACAGUUCUGAGUGAAAGAAAGGUGAUCAGCAGAACGAGAAAUAUAACAGUUCCAUUUAUGUAAAAUCAAAACAACCACACACAACGCAUAACACUCAUGCAAACUAUAGAAAUCCAAUGUAUUGUAAUGAUUGUCUAUGAGAAAUAGAGAAGGAAAGGGAGUUGGGAGGUUAAAAAGGGAUUAAAAAAAAAAGACAAAAAAGGACCUCAACAAAUUUAUAAAUAAAUAAAUAACAUGGGAACAAUGAAGCUUCCUUACCUUCCUCACAAGGUCAUUCUGCGGACCUGACGAGAUCAUGCAUAGGAAAGCAAAAGUUAAUUUACUGUUUCCAUUGUGAUCUCCAUAUGGAAUAAAUGAACUGAACAGAGAUAGAAAUUCCCCAGUGCUCUUCAGCAGGAAGCUGUCGCCAGGGCAGAGCCCAGGAAGCCUUGCCCUGGCUUCAGAGUCUGCCAGUAAGAUGACAUCAAAGCUCUUCAUGAAGGAGGGGCAGGCCCUCCCUCGCUUCUGGAGACACCACUUGAUGGCACAGCCUGAAGCAGCAGCAGCCUCUUCCCAUGGAUCCGUUUCAAAUGGCCCACUCGAGCCCUCGGAAGAAGAGACCCAGGCAGAUGAGUACCUCAAUGGCCUCCCCUCCUCAUGACAUCAAGUUCCGAGAUUUGGUCCUCUUCAUUUUGGAGAAGAAAAUGGGAACCACCCGCAGAGCCUUCCUCAUGGAGCUGGCCCGAAGGAAAGGAUUCAGGGUUGAAAAUGAGCUCAGUGAUUCCGUCACCCACAUUGUGGCAGAAAACAACUCUGGUUCAGAUGUCCUGGAGUGGCUUCAGGUACAGAACAUAAAAGCCGGCUCACAGCCAGAACUCCUGGAUGUCUCCUGGCUGAUAGAAUGUAUGAGGGCAGGAAAACCGGUGGAGAUGACAGGAAAACACCAGCUUGUUGUGAGAAGAGAUGAUUCAGCUGGCCCCAACCCGGGCCCCCAGGAGACUCCACCGCUAGUGAAAAAGAUCUCUCCAUACGCGUGUCAGAGAAGAACCACCUUAGACAACUGUAACCAAGUGUUCACGGAUGCCUUUGAUGUAUUGGCUGAAAAUUAUGAGUUUAGAGAAAAUGAAAGCUCCUGUCUGACAUUUAUGAGAGCAGCUUCUGUUCUUAAAUCUCUGCCAUUCACAAUCAUCAGUAUGAAGGACAUAGAAGGAAUUCCCUGCCUGGAGGACAAAGCGAAGUGUGUCAUAGAGGAAAUUAUUGAAGAUGGAGAAAGUUCUGAAGUUAAAACUGUGUUAAAUGAUGAACGGUAUCAGUCCUUCAAACUCUUUACUUCUGUGUUUGGAGUGGGAUUGAAGACGUCUGAGAAAUGGUUCAGAAUGGGUUUCAGAACUCUGAGUAAGAUAAGGUCGGACAAAACCCUGAAAUUCACAAAAAUGCAGAAAGCAGGAUUCCUCUAUUAUGAAGACCUCGUCAGCUGUGUGACCAGACCAGAAGCAGAGGCGGUCAGCGUGCUGGUUAAAGAGGCCGUUUGGGCGUUUCUGCCUGAUGCCUUCGUCACCAUGACGGGAGGAUUCCGGAGGGGUAAGAAGAUUGGGCACGAUGUAGAUUUUUUAAUUACCAGUCCAGGAUCAACAGAGGAAGAAGAGCAAGAACUUUUAUCUAAAGUGAUAAACUUAUGGGAAAGGAAGGAAUUACUUUUAUACUACGACCUCGUGGAGUCGACAUUUGAAAAGUCCAAGUUGCCUAGCAGGAAAGUGGAUGCUUUAGACCAUUUUCAAAAAUGCUUCCUGAUUUUAAAAUUGCACCAUCAGCGAGUGGACAGUGGCAAGUCCAGCCAGCAGGAAGGGAAGACCUGGAAGGCCAUCCGUGUGGACCUGGUCGUGUGCCCCUAUGAGAACCACGCCUUCGCCCUGCUGGGCUGGACCGGCUCCCGACAGUUUGAGAGAGACCUCCGGCGCUAUGCCACGCACGAGCGGAAGAUGAUACUGGAUAAUCACGCCUUGUAUGACAAGACCAAGAGGAUAUUUCUCAAAGCAGAAAGUGAAGAAGAAAUUUUUGCACAUCUGGGAUUGGAUUACAUUGAACCAUGGGAAAGAAAUGCCUAGAAAAAGUUGUCGACAUGUUUUUCUGGUCUUUUUUUUUCAGGUUAAGUAAAUUACGCUUCCUAUUAUAGUGAAAGAUGCCUUAGGGAAGCUCGGGAUUCUUGAAGUCUUCCUGAACUGCAGAUUGCUUCUAGAAAUAAGUAGUUUUGGAAACAUGUUAAGGCGCCACCUGGUAAUGGGUUGUGUUCUAAUAGGCCACUUGCUGCUUAGAAUUCACAGUGCAUUUUCCACAGAAACAAUGUAAUUGGUAGUUUCUUUCAUGGAAGCUCAUCAAAGCCCACUUUGCCCACAGUGUAGCUGAAAUACUGUAUAUUUCCAAUAAAAAUAGGAGGA